GUGCCGAACGCGCUCUCUCACUCUCUCUCAGGUUUGGGGUAGCGGUCCGGCAUUUUAUCAUCACAAUCGUCGUCAUCGUGUUCUUCUUCUUCUCCAAACUGCGUUAAGUACGUAUAUUCAGAGUUUGAAUAUAUUGAUUUGCUUUCUGUAUAUGCUUAGAGCCCUAUAAAACAGUGAUGGUUUCUAUUUGCACUUCAGUGGCCUCUGAUAAAAUCUGCUGCUUGAAGAUUCAAUUUUUUUUAUUUCCUAAAUUCACUUGUACCACGAUGCACUUUAGUUCUUGCACUGUAUAAUUGUUGGUGGUUGUUGUUGAUGAUGCAUGAAGAGAGCUAGCAUUUGCGAUUGCCUUUGUUGACUGUUGAAAAUGAUGUAAAAUUGGGAGAGGAUUCGUGUUGAUUUUCACAGUUUAGGAUUUGGGUUUUGUCAUUCUGAGAAAUUUUUACAAAACAAAUGGCCAUGGAUCCAAAGUUUAGGAUAUGUAAUGGGUCUAUGAGUGGAGCCAAUUUUAAUGACGAUACCAUUUCGGUUCUCUCUGAUGUGAAUCAUGUAAACGGGUUCACACUCGAACAUACUUCAAUAGAUAGAAACUUAGUGGAUCCUCCUCUGUUUUCCCCUGAUCCAAAUCCUAGUAAUUUAGUCACGGGUCUGGUCAGCCAUCAGGGAGAAUUUUGUGAGGAUAGUGACUUUAAUGAUGUAGUACUCAACUACAUAGACCAGAUCCUCAUGGAGGAAGACAUGGAGGAGAAGAAUUGCAUGUUUCAGGAGUCUUGGGCGGCGCUUCAAGCUGCUGAGAAAUCAUUCUAUGAGGUUAUUGGCGAGAAGUAUCCUCCUUCACCCAAAGACCAGUUCACGUAUGAUCAAAAUUUUGAGAGCCCAGACGAAAACUAUGGUGGGAAUUACAGUGAAUGCAACACUAGUAGCUGUUAUGGCAGUAACAACUCGGAAGAUCCUUGGUGGAAUUGCAAUUUUGGUGAAGAUACAUCUGGGUCUGCAGAGAAUACCCCUGCUGACUGGACUUUGCAAUCAUCGUUCAGUUUGCUGCGAAGCAGUGAGCCCAAUAUUGCAGAUGGGUUUGUGGAUUCUCAAGCAAACUGUUUAUGGGAUACUGAUGUUUUUAGUCAGAGCGAGACUGGUCAGGGAUUAAGUGGAGGGGUUGAUGAAGCAAGCAAUUUCCUUCCAAGUGCAGGUGGGGCUUUUGCUAAUUUGAAUGAAAAUGUGUUGUUGCAUAGUGAGCCAAUUGAAGAAGCUGAGAAUGUGGUAGUGGACGCAGAGAAGCAUGGGAGUGGGUACUCCAUGGAAGGGUCUAAGGGAAGGAAGAACCUUCAUCUUGAGGACGUGGAUUUAGAGUCUGAGAGGAGUACCAAGCAAUCGGCUGUUUAUACUGAAUCAACUGUGAGAACUGAAAUGUUUGAUAUGAUGUUGUUAGGCAUCCGAGAGAAUGGUAUAGCCAUUCUACGUGAUGCCUUGCAGAAUAGAAUAAGCAAGAAUAUGCAGCAGAAUGGUCAGCUGAAAGCAUCUAAUGGUAGAAAGAACCAUGGUAAGAAACGGGGAGUUAGGAGGAAUGUGGUGGACUUGAGAACUCUUUUAAUGCUCUGUGCUCAAGCUUUCGCAGCUGAUGAUCGAAGAACUGCAGAUGAGCUACUAGUGCAGAUCAGACAGCAUUCUUCUCCCACUGGGGAUGGGAUGCAGAGAUUGGCCUACUAUUUUGCUAAUGGCCUCGAGACACGAAUAGCUGGCUCUAGAACUCAGUUCAAUGCUGUCCCGUUUGGCAGGGCAUCAGCUGCUGACAUCUUGAAAGCUCACUAUCUAUUUCUUGCUGUGUGCCCAUAUUCUAAACUUGCAAGCUUCUUCUCAAAUAAGACAAUUAUGCAGGUGGCUGAGAAAGCAACAAGGCUCCACAUUAUUGAUUUUGGAAUCUCAUAUGGUUUCCAAUGGCCUUCCUUCAUAGAACAGCUCUCAUCUAGACCUGGUGGACCUCCAAAGCUACGUAUUACUGGGGUUGAUUUUCCCUUACCUGGUUUCAAACCAGCAGAAAAGAUUGAGGAGACAGGGCAUCGCUUAGCCAAUUAUGCACAAAGUUUCAAAGUUCCGUUUGAGUUCAACGCCUUAGCCAAAAAAUGGGAAACAAUUCAGAUGGAUGAUAUCAAGUUUGACACUGAUGAGGUGCUUGUCGUGAAUUGUCUAUUUCGAUUAAAAUGCCUACUAGAUGAGAGCGUGAUGUUGGAGAGUCCAAAGGAUAUUGUUCUUAGACUAAUCAGGAAGAUGAAUCCAAAUGUUUUCAUACUGGGUAUUGUGAAUGCUGCCUAUGGCGUUCCCUUCUUUGGCACGCGAUUUCGAGAGGCUCUGUUCCACUAUUCUGCUCUGUUUGAUAUGUUUGAAACUAUUGUGCCCCGCGACAUUCCAGAGAGAAUGCUGGUUGAGAAGGAGAUGCAGGGGGUGGAGAUAAUGAAUAUCCUUGCAUGCGAAGGAUCAGCAAGGAUUGAGAGGCCAGAGACGUAUAAGCAGUGGCAGAUCCGAAAUCAGAGAGCUGGGUUUAGGCAGCUCCCUUUGAACAAGGAGAUCGUUAGGAUUGGAAAGGAGUGGGUAACGUCGUCAGGCUAUCACAAGGAUUUUGUAGUUGAUGUAGAUGGCCAGUGGUUACUGCAAGGAUGGAAGGGUCGAAUUAUGAAUGGGCUGUCUUCUUGGGAGCCUGUUCAUUAAUCUAAUACCUGUUCAUUGUUACUUGUGUAGGGCAAGAUCAUGAUUUAUCCUCAUGGCAGAUUUCCUCCUUUUCGUGCUCUAUAUGAGCUGCGGAGCUGGCAUAGACUUGCUCUUUUGUGCAUUUGUGGCUCAGUGGGAGAGGAUUUUUGCUGCUGCAGUGGCGCCUUGUCGAUCAUCUGUGAAGAACCAUGUUUUCCAUAUUAUGGGGGCUGUGGCAUACAUGGGUCCGUUGGAAGAAAGAUGAAUUUCUCUAUCUAAUUUUUGUAUGUCGGAAGAUGGGAGAUGAUGGUAUUGGGAAAAAAAUGGGCGUCAUUGGCAUUUUGACACCUGCAUUGUAGAACUAGUGAUCAUUCGUAGUGAGUCUGUGGAAAUGUAAACAAAGCUUUGAGGAAUUCUCACAGCUGAAUGCACAGCUUAAGAAAUUUUCAGUUUAUGGCUUUAUGCUGCUAGUUGGUGUUAUGGCAGCACUGUUGCCCUGCCUUUGGAUGGGCAUGGGAUUAAUGUGAUGACUGACUAGUGCUUAGUGUGUGUU